AGCACAUGUAUUGUAAGACUUAUGUGUACACAUAUGUAUAUAUAAUAUAUAUCUCCGCAUCUCCCUAUAACCCAGGCCUAACCUGCAAACGAGCAAACUUCUUUGCACCCACUGCACACGCGCGCGCGCGCGCGAGCAGAUUGCACACAUGCGCGGCCGCUGAUAGGAGGCCGGAGCAGACGAGCAGCUCUCUCCGACCGUCUAGCCUAGCUCAUCGCAGCUCCUCCACACUGCAAGGGCCGUCUCGUCGCGUGUUUUCCGCCGGCGUCGUGUUCGCGGCCGUCUGGCGAAUUUCUAGUGGUAGUGCUCAUCCUGCGGAAUAUUUCCAAACACAAGGUCGAAGAAGCGAUUGUCAUCGGUUGAUUUGAUCGAGGUUUCUCUCAGCGGCGUGAUAUCUCCUUCGCCUGCAGGACGACGACAUGGACGAGGAGGAACGAGAGAGUAGCAGUGCUGCCCGUUUCGAAGAGGACUACUACACCUUUCUCAACAUCCCGAGAAACGCAAGUGCUGAAGAGAUCAGCAAUGCGUACAGAAGACUUAGCAAAUGUUAUCAUCCUGAUAAGCACACAGAUCCUGCCCUUAAAAAGGAUGCUGAAGUGCUUUUCAAUCGUACAAAUAAAGCUUAUGAAGUAUUGAGUGAUCCUCACAAAAGGGCAAUAUAUGAUUCUUUGGGUGUCCGAGGAUUGGAAACAGAAGGAUGGGAAAUUGUGCUGCGCACAAAAACUCCCCAAGAGUUGAGAGAUGAAUAUGAGCGGCUUGCUAGAGAGGAGGAAGAGAGAAGGCUGCUGAUGCGUACUAAUCCUAAAGGCAAUGUUACUGUUAACAUUAAUGCUACUGACCUGUUUAACAGAUACUCAGAUGAAUAUAAUGAUGUUUAUAGUGAUGUUGGGAUGGGAAAUGCUAGAAACAGUUUGUUUUCAUCUGUAGAAGUCAGUGGUAUGUCGUUUACACAAUCCAUAGAGGCCCCACUGACAUUAAAAGACACAGCCCUGUUAGGAGGAGAGUUGGGAAUCAAGAAUGGCAUAGGUUCAGGCUCCAUCAACUUUUCUAUAAGGCGCCUUGUAUCACCCAGGGGUUGGUUUGAAGUACAAGCUGGGGCCGGUAAUGGCCCAACGUUAGGAUUCAGAGGCUACAGAUCACUGACCAAAAGAAUUUUCUUUAACGGCGGUACUGUACUGCAAUUCAAUCCAAAUGAAAUAAGGCCUGGACUUGUUGGAACUUUAGUCAUGCAGUUGGACACACAUACCAUUGGUUAUCUCACGUACAGGGUUGGAAUCCAAAGUGGUAUGAAUACCACAAUUGUAAGGAGCACUCCACAUGCAUACACUGCCUUUUCCAUAGAAUUCGCAUUAUUACGGUCAUUCGUUAGUUUGAGUUACACACAUAAAUUAGAAGAACGUCAAUUGGAAUUGAAAGGCUAUGUGAAACUAGGCACCUUUGGCUGGUUCGUUGAGUACGGCGCCGAGAAGAAGUUAUCGAAGCACACCUCGGUCUCGGCGAUGGUGCACGUGGGUACGCCAACGGGUGUCAGUCUUCGGGUAAAGCUUAAACGCGCCUACCAGACUUACACGUUCCCUAUCCGUCUAAGUGAUGAGAUCUUCCCGGCACCGGUGUUCUACGCGACGGUCGCGCCGCUUAUCAGCUGGGUACUACUUAAGAACUUCGUUGUCGACCCGAUCGUCCGGGAGCGUAAGCAGCGCGAUAAGGAUAAGCAGCGGGAGGCUAACAAGCGCAUGAAACUCGAGAAGCAAAAAGAGGCCAAAGCGGCGGUUGACCUCAUGAAGGCCACCUUCAGCAGGAUACGCGCCGAGGAAGAGGCCAAGCGAGGACUAAUCAUCACCAAAGCACUUUACGGACGAUUUGUAUAUCCGCAGGAUCGGAACAGUGCCGACGAAGAAAUGGUGGGCGGACAAAGGGACGAAAUCAUUGACGUGACCAUUCCCCUGCAGUGUCUUGUCAAGGAUUCGAAACUGGUGCUACACAAUGCCUCUAAGAGUCAAUUGCCUGGAUUCUAUGACCCGUGCGUUGGAGAAGACAAGCAGCUGCUCUUGCAAUACUUGUUCCACAUGCAGACACAUGAAUGUCUAAUAAAAGAUACCGAACCUUUGAGGAUACCGAAACCAUCUCAUCGCGUAAAUACUACAUGACGCAGACGUCCCACCCGCGAAACCAAGGGUCGCAGCGAUAGCUUGGUUUACGUGUAACGGAAAGCCAAUUGUCUCUCAUUGGCCUUUUUGAACACAAACUAUUAAUUUCCAACAAAAAAAAAAGUCGUUGACAAACGUUGAUUACAUAUUAUUUAAACAGCAAAGACUUUUUAAUUACCAUAGCUGCCGAUAAAAUGAUGUUUGGAAAAAGUGAUCGUGGUAACGAUUUAUAUUAAUGCCACUGGUUGACUCCUGUGCUGCCAAGAGCCAUCUAUGAAGUUGAGCAUAAUCUAUUUUAUAAUGAUAGCCAAAUCCCUUGGAGAUUAAAUUACUAAAUGAUAAUUAUUUUUGCUUGUUUGUUGAACGAUUAAUAAAUACCAGUAAAAAAAGGUUGACUACAUAACGAAAUGUUGAUUUUAAAUUCGUAAUUUUUCAAAAUGAAUAUAGCACAAUAUUACAUAUGUACUAUAAGCAUUUUUAAAUUAAUUAUUAUCUUUUAUUAAAUGCAUAAUUAGACGAUGGAAACUUUCGAUAUAUAUAUAUAUAUAUAUAUUGAACUACAAUGUUUGAUCGAGGCUGAAAGUAAAGUAUUUUAUUACUAUGACAAAAAAUAUUUUUACGCACGAUGGAAAAAUGUGGUAAAUUUCUAAUCGAUUAGUUUUCAUACAUAUUGACCUAUACUCCCAAGCUUUAAAUAAAUGUAACAUAGCUACAAUCGUGUAAAAAAGAGAUUGUUCAUCUACAAUUAAAUUUAAUGUAUGUACACAAACACAGCAUGCUCUGCUCAAAGCAGGCCAAAUUAAUCCAAGUCAGCCAUAGUCUUUGCUACAUCAUGCAGGAGCGUGAACUGUAGCUCAUGUUAUAUAGACAAUAUAGAAACAAUAAAUUUUCUUAAUAAAAGUAAUUACUAAUGUACUGCCCAAAUUAUACUGAACCUCAAGCAUACUAAUCUGCAGAAAAAUAUUGUUAGGUCAGUUUUUAAGUAUAUAAUAUAUUCACUUGAAAAUAAAAUCAAAACACCUUUUUACAAUGAGAUAAUUUAAAAUUAUAUUACAUUUCUUUUAUGCUUUGGUAAAAAAUUUGUCACAAAAAAAAAUCCGCUAAGUAAAAAAUUACAAUAAGUACAGAAAUUAUAUGGAUUGUAUUUUAAAAGAAGCGACUGAAAAAAAACAAAAAUUCGAGGUGUAUUAUCAAUGAUAAAGCAAAUGCAAAUAUUACACAUAUUUUCUCAAGGUAGAGUAAUAAAGCAUUCGCUCUUGAAUGUACACAAUUAACUAUUCCACCUGACAUAAAUCGUGAUCACAGAUAUAAUUACUUAAGUAUCACUUUGAGAAAAAAGUAGUUUAACACAAAGAAUUUGGUCAACUAUAAUCUAUACUCAUGUACUCGUUUAGCGAAGCAUUUGUUGAAUUUUCAGCACUUUGAUAAAGUUUGUUUAAUAUGGCAAGCUCUUCAUCCCUAAUAUUAACUUUGGAUAGGGGAGUCCAUGAGUGAUCAUGUUCUAGUCUAAAAGAACCUUUAUACAUCUGCUGUGGUGCUGAUUCACCCCAUUCCUGUAACAAGAAAAUAUUUUAGCCAUCAUUAAAUAAACUGUUAAUAAAUUAA